AUGAGUGUGAUUAUUCGUCUCCAGAAUUUGCCAUGGUCGGCAAAUUCUUUGGAUAUACGACAUUAUUUUAGGGGUUUGUCCAUUCCAGAGGGUGGAGUUCAUAUUGUCGGGGGUGAAAUGGGCGAUGCAUUCAUCGCGUUCAGCACGGAUGAGGAUGCCAGGCAGGCCAUGAUGCUCGCAGGUGGUAAAAUAAAAGAAGUUCAAAUAUCGUUAAUGCUCAGUUCGCGUAGUGAAAUGCAAAAAAUAAUCGAAGCAGCUCGUCAGGCUAGCAUGUCAAAUUCUUUGGCUCAAUUGCUUGCGCCGUCUGCGGUGUCGAUGCCCCCGAUCACCCAGCAACAAAUCGCUUCGAAAGAGCGUCGGGAUUCAAAGGGAGAUAAAAAAGAUUCCAGUGACGUGAGUUCCAGUAGUCACGAAACCGGGAAAACGGAUAGAAGGGAUAGGACGCGAGAAAAAUCGCGAUCGAGAUCGAGGGAAAGAAAUAGAAAGGAUAGGAGGGACAGAGACAGAGAUAGGGAUAGAGAUAGGGAUAGAAGGAGAAGAUCGAAAAGUCGGAGUAGGAGUCGUGACAGAAGAAGAAGGAGAUCGAGGAGUAGAUCACGAGGUCGGGAUAAUCAUAGUAGAGACAGAGAUAAGAAAGACGGGAAAGAUGAUGGGAAAAAAGAUGAUAAAAUGAACGUGGGUCCACCCACUUUGGAACCGGGAACAAACGUACCGAAUUUAGAUAUAUUAAAUCCGACUACUUGGAACGUCAUGCAAACCGGCGCUUUGGCGCAAAAUGCCCAACUCCUUACCAAUUUUGAACUCCUUAGAAAUUUAGCCAGUCAAAAAGGACCGUUGAUACCAGGCGGUCCGAGCUCAUUGUUACCGACUCCCGUGAAAACCGAUAGCCAAGGAAAAUUAGACUUGUUUUCGAAUAAGGGUAACAAUUCUGGACCGAGAGAUUUUAAUAAUCAGAGACCCGAUUUUAGAAGUAAAGGCGACGGCAUGCGGGGUAAUCAGAGAGGAUUUAAAAAUUUUGAAAUGAAACAAUUUCAAGAAAAUCACGGAAUCGGAGAUAGCAGAUUCGGAGGGAGCCGCAUGCAAAAGAAUUUCCAAAACUUUGGACCCGGGUUCCCAAUGAGAAACGGUAACGAAAACAUGGUGAAUCCUAGGUUUGUAGGUUUCGGAAGAGGAGACAACGGUUUUCUUCCCCGUGGACCGGCACCCAAUAGAGAACGCCCUAACAUAUCGAGAGGUCUCCUAGAUCUCCCGGUGGGUCUUCCGCAACGCAGUCGAUAUCCGAACAAAGAUGAUACGGUGGACGAAUUCGGUAGGAGCAUACAACUGAGAAAUAGGAAAAACCUUAACAACGAGGAUUCCUUUCAAGAUGACAUCGGAGGGUUGGGAGACCAACAGCAAAAUUUUUUAGGUUUUCAAAACAGGUUCGGGAAAAAUCCUCAGAAUCAAAGGCCGCCGUCUUUGAUGAGAGGAAGGGACAACUGGCAAAUCGGAAGGGGUGGAAACGAGGGAAAUUAUCAGGAACGGAGAAAUUUUCGGAGUUCUUACGACGACUCGAAUCGUGGUUUUAGAGGGCCUAAAAAUAGAGACUUUUCAAAACACCAAGAAGAAAGUGAGCCGCAGUCUAAUUCGUCAUCGGAAAAAGACUCUUGCAUAGAAAUAAGAAAUCUUUUGCCACACAUCGCUUACGGAGAAGUGAGAAAGCCGUUUAGCAAUUUAAAAUUAGUUAUAAAAGAAAUAAAAUUUUUCGGUUACACUCCCAAAGAUAAAAAGUGUAGGAUAAAAUUUUUGAACAAUGAAAAUAAAAGAAAAGCAAUUCAAGCAGGUAAUAAAAUUGUUAUAGACAAUAAACAAGUGCACUUAUUAAGUAUAAGCGAUGGGGAAUUCGACGAAACCGCCGACGAAGGAGUUAAAAGACCGGAAAUUAAAUUUUCCGACGACGAAGACGACGACGUGGUCGUGUCGCCCAAAGAGGCUUACCUACAAGUAUCGGAUCUUCCGUCGGACGUCGAAGAAAAAGACAUAAAUAAUCUCUUUCCGAAUAUGGCUCUUGAUAAAAUAAUAUUGGAAAUGUCGAACGAUGGUAAAAGCAAAGUCGCAUACGUCAAAUUUCAAAAAGCAGUCGACGCGAAGGUGGCAUUGGGAACACCCAAUCGAACCAUCGGCGAAUCGCCGGUGGUUUUAACUUCGUUACCUCAAUACGCAUUCAACGACCAUUUGAACAAAUUCAAAAAGACCAAAAAGGAAUAUUCCGAAGUGAUGGAAGUUGAUUUGUCGAAAGCGGAAGAAGAAGAAGAGGAAGAAGAAGAAUCAUCAUCAUCAUCAAUCGGAAAAGACGUCAACAAAUCUACUUGCGUCCUCAUGAAAAAUUUACCCUUGGAAGCCAACGAUCGCGACAUAUGCGAUUUCUUUUCCGACAUUGGUUUAGUUCCUAAUAAAAUUCAUCUCAUGCUCGACACGUCGGGUCAACCGUCUGGUGAUGCUUUCUGCGAAUUUUCCGAUUUGAAUCAAGCGGAAAAAGCGUGCACGAAAAAUUCGGCUCAUUUGGGUAAAAACAUCGUGAGCGUGACGAAAGUACAUCAGAGCGAAAUGAUGGAAGCUUUAGGAGUGUCGAAAAACGAGAAAAACAAAAUUCCAAGUCUCAUGGAAUCGUUCGGUCGUCCGCAAUGCGUCGUGACACUAGAAAACAUACCUUUCAGAGCGGAAAUAUUCGACAUAAUUAAUUUUUUCGGUUGGAGUUAUAAUUUGACGGAAAGCGACAUAUUUAGGAGGUACAACGACAAGGGUCAGCCCACCGGAGAUGGAAAAGUUUGUUUCAAAACUCCAGAAGACGCUUUGAGAGCCAUAAGAUUUUUAAAUAAUAGAAGUUUAAUGGGUAGAGUUAUAAGAAUGAAAUUAGUUUAG